GCUGGAUCCAGAGCCAUGGGGGAUGAGGAGAUUGCAGCUCUCGUUGUGGACAAUGGUUCGGGGAUGUGCAAGGCAGGCUUCGCUGGAGACGACGCCCCGAGAGCGGUCUUCCCUUCCAUCGUGGGCCGACCACGACAUCAGGGCGUGAUGGUGGGGAUGGGCCAGAAGGACAGCUACGUUGGUGACGAGGCGCAGAGCAAGAGGGGAAUCCUGACGCUGAAGUACCCCAUCGAGCACGGGAUCGUGACCAACUGGGACGACAUGGAGAAGAUCUGGCACCACACCUUCUACAACGAGCUGCGCGUGGCCCCCGAGGAGCACCCGGUGCUGCUGACCGAGGCCCCCCUCAACCCCAAGGCCAACCGGGAGAAGAUGACCCAGAUCAUGUUCGAGACCUUCAACGCGCCCGCCAUGUACGUGUCCAUCCAGGCCGUGCUGUCCCUGUACGCCUCGGGCCGCACCACCGGCAUCGUGCUGGACUCGGGCGACGGGGUGACCCACACCGUGCCCAUCUACGAGGGCUACGCCCUGCCCCACGCCAUCCUGCGGCUGGACCUGGCCGGACGCGACCUGACGGACUACCUGACCAAGGUGAUGACGGAGCGCGGCUACUCCUUCACCACCACGGCCGAGCGGGAGAUCGUGCGGGACGUCAAGGAGAAGCUGUGCUACGUGGCGCUGGACUUCGAGGCCGAGAUGACCCUGGCCGCCUCCUCCUCCACCCUGGAGAAGAGCUACGAGCUGCCCGACGGCCAGGUCAUCACCAUCGGCAACGAGCGCUUCCGCUGCCCCGAGGCCCUCUUCCAGCCCUCCUUCCUGGGCAUGGAGACCACCGGCAUCCACGAGACCACCUACAACAGCAUCAUGAAGUGCGACAUCGACAUCAGGCGCGACCUGUACGCCAACAUCGUCCUCUCCGGCGGCUCCACCAUGUACCCGGGCAUCGCCGACCGCAUGCAGAGGGAGAUCACCGCCCUGGCGCCCGCCACCAUGAAGAUCAAGAUCAUCGCCCCUCCCGAGAGGAAGUACUCCGUGUGGAUUGGCGGCUCCAUCUUGGCCUCCCUCUCCACCUUCCAGCAGAUGUGGAUCACCAAGCAGGAGUACGAUGAGUCUGGCCCCUCCAUCGUGCACCGCAAGUGUUUCUAAAGGUCGCCUAACAAAUGCAGGAACCCAGUUUCAUGUUCGCCUA